AUGGCCCGGCCCGGGCUCCGUCCGCAUCGAGCUCCCGGCGGCAGCGGCGGCGGCUCCACCGGGGACACGGGGCGGCCCAGGCGGCGGCUGCGGCGGCGGCUGCGGGGAGAGCGCGGCCCCGCCUACCGGGGGGCGGGCGAGCGGGAGCCCGCAGCGCUCCCUGGCGGCCGCCGGGGGCCCGGCGCUGCCCUGCGGCCCGCCCGGGGCCCCGCGCCUCGCGCGCCCGCCGCCCCGCCGCCCCGCGACCCGCUGGCGCUUUGCUCGCCGCUUCCGCCCGGGGGCCCGCGGGGCGCUGCGACCUGCCCCCGGGGUCGGGGUCGCGGCGGGGGGGACUCGAUCCUGCGCGCUCCUCGACCUGUAACGAGCCCCCGAGCCACGGGCCCGCGCGAUCUCCGCCAGAAACACAGAGGAACAGAACUCCUAGCCACGAACAAGGCCGAAUGGGAUCGAGGCUGGAACGCAGCGGAACCGAGGGAGAUCGCCCUUGGGUCUCUGUCCCCGAGAGCUGCGCGGGCAGCGGCGGCGCCGGCCGGCCCGGAGCGCGGAACUACAUCUCCCGACGGGCCGCGCGGGCCGCCGGCGCCGGCCUCUGCCCGUCCCGAGCCAUGGCAACGGCGUGACGUCGGGGCCCGGGAGCGGCGGCGCGGCGGCGAGCGCGCCCUCAGUGCCCGAGCGCCCGAGCGCCGGGGCGGGACGCGGCUCCUGCGCUCCGAGGCCCCGAGCCGCCCGGGCGCCGCGGGCUGCCGCUGUCGCUCCGCCGGGACGCGGCGGCGGUCGGAAGCGGGGUCGCAGCGCCGAGAGCCGGCGAGGGGCGCGCGCAUGGCCUCGGCGGGCGCGCGCGCGGCGACCCAGCGCGCCUGCAGCCUCCGGCUGCGCCCGGGCGCGCGCACGGCCCCGCCCCCGGGCCCGGCGCGGCCAAUGAGAUUUCUAAGCUCCAGCAGCCUCCUCUUGCCCCCGACUGCCCGGGUCUUGGCGGCCAAGGCUGGCUCUCUGCCCAGGCGUUCCUUUAUGGGCUUUGCUGCCCCCUUCACCAAUAAGAGAAAAGCUUACUCAGAGCGCAGGAUCAUGGGGUAUUCAAUGCAGGAGAUGUUUGAGGUGGUGUCCAAUGUUCAGGAGUAUCGCGAGUUUGUGCCCUGGUGUAAGAAGUCUACUGUGGUAUCCAGCCGCAAAGGUCACCUGAAGGCCCAGCUGGAGGUUGGCUUCCCACCUGUCUUGGAACGGUACACCUCUGCUGUUUCCAUGGUCAGACCUCACAUGGUCAAGGCUGUAUGCACUGACGGUAAGCUCUUCAACCACUUAGAGACCAUUUGGCGGUUCAGCCCCGGUAUUCCUGCUUACCCUCGGACCUGCACAGUGGAUUUUUCAAUUUCCUUUGAAUUCCGUUCUCUACUGCACUCCCAGCUGGCCACUGUGUUUUUUGAUGAAGUUGUCAAAAAGAACGUUGCUGCCUUUGAGCGCCGAGCAGCCACCAAAUUUGGUCCAGAAACAGCCAUCCCCCGCGAACUGAUGCUCCACGAAGUGCACCAGACCUGAGGCAGUUAUCAGCCUCUCCCUCUCCUCUGCCUUCACACCAGUUCUCUUAUUUAUUUCAUUUUGUGCCUGCUCCAGUUUGAGAGAAGAAUCUGGAACUCCCAUUUGUUUGGAAAAACUAGGGCAAAGGCCAAGGUAGGGGAAGGACACAUGCUUGAGAAAGGUUCACGAGAACCCUGAUGCCUGCAACCUUCUCACUGAAUUACGGCCAGGACCGAGUAGUCUCUGGGCCGUGUUGAGGUGCCUUAGUGUCCAAUCAGGAGAAGACAGUAGCUCUCCUAAGGACUGAGUAACUGAGCCCUUUUCUCUGACAGAGGUACAAGGUAGUAACUUCAGCCUGCCUGAGAUUUGCCCCCAGCUUAAAAUCCAUAGGAUCUUAUUUUAAAAAUAUUUCCAUGCUGCCUGCCUCCUGGGGCAUUUUCACCACCAGUGCCACAGAGGUGACAAGCACUGACCAGGUUGUACCCUUGGAUCCCUUGGAUUGUACCUUAUUCUUCCACUUGCUUGAGUUUUUAUAAAAUUCCAAUAAACUGUGUCAUGUCA